AUGAAUCUCAGAUUCCACCAUGUGAAUUACCGGAGAAUCUUUGCAAUCGGAGAAGAACCAAGCAGGGUUAGGGUCACCGCAUACCGUAAACCAUGCGCUUUGAGGCAUAUUUUCAACGCCCUAGAUCCCGACGAAGUUGAACGGAUUCGAGGAUCGCAAUUUGGAAGGUUAUUGGAAAUAGCCGACAAACCAUCGUUCUCAGGGAGGUUUGGUAGAUAUAUUAUAUCUAGACAACUUAAAGUGUCGAAGAAGCAUGAAGCAUGGUUCGUCUUUGCCGAAAAACCGAUACGAUUUUCCCUUAGAGAAUUUGCGAUUGUGACAGGAUUAAACUGCGGGAGAUUUGCCAAAAGGUCUAAGAAGAGAUGCAAGAGUCAUAUAACGGAGAAACCAUACUGGGGAGAACUGUUCGGAACCCUUAAAGAGGUUCCUGUUUCAUCUGUUGUGAGGAUGUUGCAGAAGAAGACGGUGAAUGACAAGGAAAUUAGGCUGAAGUAUGCAUAUCUGUCAUUGCUGGCGGCUGUCAUAUUGCCGACGACCCAUACACCACGUAUUUCUCAUGACCAAGCUGAGUUAAUCAAAGACUUGGAUGCUUUUCUUGCAUUUCCUCGGGGGCGGGUUUCUUUUGAUAUGCUUAUGACCAGUAUUAAAGAGAGGAAGGAGGACGGUAGUUCUUCUGGAUCUGAAGAUGAAUCUGGAGAAGCUGACGGAGACAUUCUGGACGAUGACAAAUCAGACAAAAAGAGCAUUCACCCUGGGCAUGCUCGUGACAUAGACUCUGAGGGAAAGGCCGUCGUGCAUUCUAUUAUUCCUGAUGACAAUAACAUUGUCAACACAGCUGACGGCGUUGCUUGGUCAGACGACAAGGACGAGACCAUAGUGGAAAAUUUGGUUAACUUAGUUGAGGAGCGGUUUCCGUUCUCACAAACUUGCUUUCCUGGUGGUGUAUCUAUAGUGGAGGCAUUUAGGAUGCGUGACGAGGCAAAGGCGGAAGCUGUGAACCGAAAGAAUAGCAAGCCGAAGGCGACAUCUUCGACCAUAAUCCAAGAAGGUGUUGACCCUGAGUUUUUGGCGUCUAUGGUUAGGGAUAAGAUGAAGGGAGACGUCAAUCUUCUGGACGCAAAAAUUUCUAAAGUUGACGAAACAUUAAUCUCAUUCCAAGCAGAAAUUAUAGAGAGUCUUAAAGAAAUUGCUUCAAAAAUCGAUGCAAUUGUUGUCAAGAUGACCCUCAUUGGUGAAGACCAGCCAUCUCAAUACUAUGUUUCCGCGGUGAAUGCUGGCACACAAACCACUGAAGAUAUAUCGACGAUAAUCAAUAACGCUGGAAGUGUUGGGGGAGAUGGAGUUCGAGGUGGUUAUGAUAAAGGGGUUAAUGGUGUCGAUACCUUAAGGGGUACCAACGAACUUGAAAGAAAUCACCAAUUCCGUCAAUGCGACCAGUCAAAGGCAUCCGCUGCAGCCACUGCUCCAGGUCAAUCUACUGAAACAGCGCCUGUUAACCGUUCAGAGCCGACCCUUGCCCCUGCUUUGAUAUUCCCGAAGCCCACAUUCUCUCUUGGUUUAACUCAGGAUCAUCGCAUUGAAAUGGAAGCCGUAAUGGUGGUAGUCUCGCUGCAUUGGAAGGUGGUUGUAAAGACGUUGGUGUUGAAGCAAAGCUCAGUCACAACAUUAGCUGGCACUGUCGACAGCGAUGAACUUUAUGGGAUUGUUGAAAGAUCUACCUCGCUGUCUGCAAAGUUUGUUGUAAUUUAUGAGCAUGUUGUUGAUGUUCUUAUCAACCACAUUAGUUCCUUGUUUCACUCUCUUGCACCAGCAAACCAGAAGACUUCUUGUGUUUUCCUCGACACAGAGUUCAUAUCUAUGUUGUCGAAGACGUCUACAAAGUUCUCUAAGGUGUUGAAGAAAGUUAGCUUCAAAUUCCCGAGCAAUGUCGUUGCAUCUAUUCCUGCGGAUGUAGCAUUUGGUGAGGCAGACCGCUUCUAUUUCCCGUUUAAUCUCGACAAAAAGAAUUGGGUCGCUAUAUGUGUAGAUUGCACAAGCUGGACCUUGUCUGUCUUAGACUGCAAUAUUAGCCUGCGGAGUGACCAGAUGAUGAUCAAGGAAGUUGGACCACUUGCUCAGAUGUUCCCCUUUUUGCUUACUCAGAUGGGAAAACAGUGUGGUUGUCGUGAAGGAAAACCGAUGGCGGUUGACAGGCUUCGAAGCAUUCCGCAGCACAACACGAUAAUGGAUUCAGGUGUUGCAUCAGUUCUUUUUAUCCUAGCACACGCUGUUGCAGGGGUAGAGGCAUGCAAGUGCAUAACAUCUGAUGUCAUCACAACAGAAGUGGAGCGCUUACUAGUCACACUCUAUGAAGGGAAUGUCGGUCCGCUUUGA